AUGAGAAGAUAAAUAAGUAAAAAAGACUACACUAUAAAAUGUGAAAUUGUUUUAAAUAAAAUCUCUAACUCUAGAAGUUUUAACAUUUAACAAGUUUAAGAUGAUGUAAUCGAAUAACCAAGAGGUUUAACAAGAAGAAAAAGUUGUUACUCUUAAUUAUUUGGAUACAUGAAUAAAUUCUAAAAUCGAUACCAUAAUAUUUUACCUGAAUUAAAAACCAAAUAUUGUACUUAAGAUAAGGAGACAAAGGAAACCUAUAGAAGACAAACGUAAAUAGCUGAAGAUACGGUCAUAAGGAAAUUUCGAAGAGGCCUUUAAGAAUUGACAAAAUGCUAAACUGUUAUAUAAACUCUAAAAAUGCUUAAAAAUAAAAAUAGAAACAUCUAAAAUUUUAUUAAAUAAAUGAGAACUCCUAAUAAUAAAAUUGUGCAAGAAAAAACAAGAAGAAACAGUUGCUUUUGUUCAGAAUGUGGUUCACAAAGUCAGUUUUAAUUGACUCAUUAAAAUGAUCCAUAUUUCAAUUAUUUCAAUUAUAAUGAAUUUUUAAAAAGAAAGAUAAUUGAUCCGAAAUUCAACAAGUUUAAAAAUAAACUAUUAUCUCAAAUAUAAUUAGAAAAUAUGAAAAAAAGCUUCGUUAAUGAAAAUAAAUCAUAAAUCAAUAAAUAUAAAACUGUUUCAAGAACUACUAAUCUAUUAUUAAAGCUAUCCUCAACAAAACUUUCAAAUUAAAAUUAGAGAUAAUUUUCUAUUCAAUCAAAAAGAGUUAAAACUGAAUUCACACAAUGCUCUCCUAAGUCAUUCAAAUAAUACUCAAGUCAAACUACCAAAUAUAGAAAAUUUGUAACCUAUUCCAACUAUUAGUCAAUGAUUACGAAUUAAACUAAAGAUAGCUUUAAAUCUUUGGCUUCUAUAUACAAAUGA